AUGCUUCGAAGUGAUCAUAAAGAGUCUUCUCAGGUAAUCACUUCAGCCAUUGAUGCCCAGGUGAAAUCUAUCAAUGAAAUGUUAUCCUACUUUUCUAAAUUAGUCAAAGCUGAAAAAACUGUUCAACAGGCUCUGUCCGAUUUACUUGAUGAUCAAAUGGAAUCAUCCACUGUUGGCGGUGUUGGUGGUGGUGGCCAGCGUUCGAAUACCACCACUAUGCGUAAUUUAUUUAAAGCAAAUUAUACUCGUGGACGUCGUCGUCGUUUAACCAUGAAUAUCUUGAAUAAAAAUUUAUCUAAUUCAUCUACUGAUAGUGAAUUAAAUAAACUUUUACAAAAUCUUGUCAUUUCAACAAAUCAUCAAGCACGUAUGUAUUCGACACGUGCAUUAUUUCAUAAAUUAAUCACUGCUGGACAAUUAGAUAGUUUAAAUAAUUGUGAACAAUGUUUGAGACGAACUUAUCUAGAAUGUGAAGAAGAAUUGAAAUCACAAGCACGUCAGUAUAUGUUAAGCUUAAAAGCAUAUGAAAAGAAAUAUUUCAAAUAUAUUGGUCAAUUGUCAAAUAUACAAUCGAAAUUAACAAAUUUAUGUGAUAAGCGUUUAAUUAAUAAUCGUAAAGUUAUCGACAGUCUAAUGAAUAAUUUGGAAUAUUCUACUAAAAAAUUGCAUUUAUUACAUAACGAAUAUUGUUUGGCAUUGAUCACUGCCAAUCAUUAUCAACAAUGGCUAUAUACACAUUUACGACCAUGUCUACUUAAAGGUGUUGAACGUACUAUGCAAUUGGCCUCGGAAGUUGUCUGGCAUCUUCUAGUUUUUGGUGGUGAAAAUAUAAAUCAUUUUCAAUCGAAUUGGCUUAAAGAAUUUCAAUCUGAAUUAGAUUUAACAAGCUUAUUAGAACAAAAUGGUACAAUUUCCUGGACCUGUAUAUCAUACCUUCAAUCAGCAUUAAAUAAUAAUACAACAAUAAAUGGAAAUCUUUCUCCUGGUUCUUUAAUUGUUAAUGAUUUAACUGGACAAUCAUUAAUUGAAUUAACACAAUUGCAUAAAAAUAAGGAAUUAUUGCAUAGAGAAACCGUUAAUCAAAUGACUAAAGAAUGUUUACAAUGGGAAGAAGCAUUAUCUCAAUGGCGUGCUGUGUUUGCUAAUCCAGGUCCUAAUCCAUGGUCAUCAAAUUUAUUCAAUAUACAUUCAUCUAGUGUUUCACCAAUAGUUAACACUCCACAAGAUAAUAAUUCAAAUGGAUUUCAUAAUGUAGAUAAUUCAAGUCAUUUAGCGUUGCCUGAUAUCCAAGAUCUUUGGCAUGAUGAUCGAGCUCGACCUGUUAAUCUUUGUGAAGUAUCAUUUCGUUUAGCAAUUUGUGAAUUUGAAUUAUGUUUUGCUAAUUGUCUUGCUGAUUCAGAAGCUCAAUUAGUUAAUGUAUUAACUGAUGCUCAAUGUCGUUUGAAUUGGCUUUCAUUAAAAUUACUUACAAAUGAUCCAACUACAGGUUAUCCAAAUACACCAGCUACAUUUUUACGUGAUUCUUAUAUGCAAAAUGGGACUGAUGAUAAUUGUAGUCAAGCUUUGAAUGGUCAUGAUAAUUCAAUUCCCAUUUGUAAUCUAAGCGAUUCAUAUUCUACUGAUCUUCCUAAAUUAUUAACUGAACCAAUAUCCAAUUCACCAUUUGCAUUAUCUUUAUCUAAUACAUCUGAUAUGUCAUCUAGUAUAGAACAACAACUACAAUUACAACAACAACAACAACGUCCAGAACGCAAUCGUCUUUGGCAAAGUGUUAGACAAUCUAUGUCGAAAUUUCGUUCACAUUUUAUUCGUAAUAAUAAUAUUCGUUCAUCAACAAGUUCUAUACCAAAUACACGUACAUAUCAAUGUCGUCUUCGUGAAACUAUUAUCACUACUAUACCAAUAUUAAAUACUGUAAAUGAUAAUAAUAAUAAUAAUAAUAAUAAUAAUAAUAAUCACUCGUUACAUAAUCCAACUAUGAAUGGAUUAAAUAAUCAAAACUCUUUAGGUAUGGAUACUCCAUUUUAUCAUCAAAAUAAAAAAUUCAAUCAACAAAAUCAUAUACAAUCUAAUCGUGAAUCACAAGAUUCAUCAUCCAUUUUAACCAGCUUUCCUAUAGUGAAUGAGUGUGAUGUGGAUAUCAACAAGGAACCGUGGUUUCAUGGUGUUUUGCCUAGAGCAGAGGUGGAACGUCUUUUACAGAAUCAAGGGGAUUUCCUUGUUCGACAAACAAGUAAACGUUCCAGUGGGCGUGAUACCUUAGCCCAUUGGAAUGGAACUAAUGGGGAUUUAAUCAAUGGUAGUCAUAACGAAACAAUAUUAAAUAAAGAUCAUAAUAUUGAUGGAACUGUUUUACGUAUGGUUUUAUCUGUCUUUUGGCAUGGUCAUAGACAUUUUAUUGUAUAUGGUGGACCAGAGUCAGGUGAAGGUUGGCAUUUAGAAGAUGGUCAUUUCUCUACAGUAAGGGAACUGGUUGAAUAUCAUAUGAAAACUCAAACUCCCGUGACAGCAAAAUCAGGUGCAUGUCUUAUUACACCAAUUUCAAGACCUGAUUGGGAACUAGACAAUCGUGAUGUACAACUACUACAAAAAAUUGGUCAAGGUAACUUUGGUGAUGUUUAUCGAGGUGUAUAUAAUGGAAAUGAAGUUGCAGUGAAAACUUGUCGUGUCGAUAUGACGGCAUCAGAUUUACGUAGGAAAUUUCUCCAAGGUGAAACAACUGCUUUAAAUUUCAAUCAUCCAAAUAUUGUCAAAUUAAUUGGUAUUGCAGUUCAAUCUUAUCCAAUUAUGAUUGUGAUGGAGUAUGUUCCAGGUGGUUCUCUUUUAAAUCAUUUACGUAAAUCAAAAAAUGCAUUACCUGUUAUGAAACUACUUCAAAUGAGUUUAGAUGCUGCUAAUGGAAUGAUGUAUUUAGAAGCGAAAAAUUGUAUUCAUCGAAAUUCAUAUUUGAUAAAUUCGAUCCCGAUAAUGGUUAUAAACAGAUUGAUUGUUGUGGUACAACUAACGUCCUCCUACUACCUGUAGUGAGUUUUGGAGUAUACGUUCUUUAAUAACUUUCAAGAGGGUAGAUUCAAUGGAAAUGAAUUCACUUUGAACUCUGAGAUGGAGGUACAUCCAGCCGAUGAGUCCCAAAUGGGACGAAACGCGCGUCGUGGAUUCCACUGCUAGCCACUAUCCAUCAUUGCUUACAAAAUACCAAGACCACAUUUUGAAUAAUUUUCUCUGGUUUGAGUUUUUUAGCGAGUUAGUUUUCUACGGGAUGAGUUCGCUAACCCCAUUCCCAACCCUCUGCUUUUAUCCGAGCUUGGGACAGACAGUAGCCCCGAAGGGGCUCUAGACGGACCUUGUUAUUUAUUCACUUAUCAACCUCGGGUGUUUUUAUAUGAGCGUUUGUGUGUGUAUUUCUUAUCCUACCUAUCACAUAUCUGUAGCUUAUUUCUGUGUGACUAUAAAUAUUGAUUCACGCUUGGCUAAAUCAAGCUGGGUCAUUCGCCUUCUCCACUGUGGUUCAUUUUGCUUCACUCUCUUCGCUUCGUUCUUCCGAUAGUUUUUCUGGAUCAACGAUUGUAUGAAAUAUACAUAUUCGAAAUCCAUUCUUCUAUAUGAUUUAAUUAAUUACGUUAUUCACUAGCUCGAAUUAGGUCGAUGAUUAUAUACGAGGAUUAGCGACAUGUAUAUUUCAAUAACAAUCAAUUAUACGAUCUGAAUGGAGUGAGAUCUCUGGCUACUAAAAAUCUAUUCAACAGUGUUUUAGCUUGUGCGAAGAAGUAUAAAUUGGUGUUUUGGUGGAAUUUCAUUCAGUCUUAAUCACGAUAGAAUAUGGAGAAGAAUGACUACUUGAAACUGGGUUUGAAUAUUGAAAUUUUGUUUACAGUGUUUGCGAUAAUCAUCAAGUUUAACCACUUUAUCCCUAGUAUUAGCCAUGUUGGUAGAUGAAGACUACAUGCUUGAAGUCCGUGUGACUAUCGUAACCAACGGUUCGGGACUCUGUGUGACAUGGCUCAGAA